GUGACGCUCCCUGACACACCGCACACACUGUUCAGGAACGGUUUGAAGAACAAUUCCCCAGAUCUCGAUCCGAUCCAGCGUCUGCGAGACGUCCCGGACGAACAAGUCCGAUCCACAGAGUCUCGACCUCACAACUUACAGGACUUAAAGGAUCUGCCUCCGACGUCUCGGUCCCAGACACCACAGCACACCUUCAGAGGUCUCGUGGAGUCCGGGCCUCGACGGGUCCGAGCUGUUCUGGUGGGACAACAGGAGGAGGACCUACACGAUAUUUAUAUUCCACCUAAAGGAAUGAAAAUGAAUCAUUACAGCGUACUCCACACUGUCGUCCUCCCCCAUGCACUCACAGGCUUCACUACAAAAGCUACUUCACUAUGUCUGCUGGGAAAGUUUCUGGUAUUCAGAGUCGUGUUACACACACUUGCUGAAGCUCAACGUAUCGCAAUGAAGUGCAUGCUGACUCACCUGACCCGCUGGGCCACGCCCACUCUGAGCCGCGCCGCACAUUCUGGGAUGCGCUCGUCCUCGACGGUGGCGUCUUGUACGAAACGCGACGAGGUCGCGCUCUCAUCCGAGGACAUUUUCUCUCGAGAGGAGCGGUACGGAGCUCACAACUACCACCCGCUACCCGUCGCCCUGCACAGAGGAGAGGGCGUUCACGUGUGGGACGUCGAGGGGCGUCGGUAUUAUGACUUCCUCAGUGCGUACAGUGCCGUAAAUCAGGGUCACUGCCACCCAAAAAUCGUGGCUGCUCUGACCGGACAGGCCUCCAGACUCGCGCUGACCUCCAGAGCCUUCUACAACGACGUGCUGGGGGAGUACGAGGAGUACAUCACCUCUCUGUUCGGCUACAGCAAAGUCCUGCCCAUGAACACAGGCGUCGAAGGCGGAGAGACGGCGUGCAAACUGGCACGCAAAUGGGCUUACUGCGUGAAAGGCGUUCCCCAGUACCAGGCCAAGAUCGUCUUCGCAGAGGGGAAUUUCUGGGGUCGUACGAUGGCGGCCAUUUCCAGCUCCAACGACCCCAGCAGCUACGAGGGGUUCGGCCCGUUCAUGCCCGGGUUCGAGCUCGUGCCCUACAACGACAUCCCGGCUCUGGAGAAAGCCUUUCAGGACCCUAAUGUUGCUGCCUUCAUGGUGGAGCCCAUUCAAGGUGAAGCAGGUGUUGUGGUACCUGACGCAGGUUACCUGUGCAAAGUGCGCGAGCUGUGCACCAAAUACAACGUUCUGUUUAUCGCUGAUGAGGUACAGACGGGUUUGGCUCGGACAGGACGCAGGUUGGCUGUAGAUCACGAGGAAGUGCGGCCGGACCUGGUGGUGCUGGGAAAAGCUCUGUCUGGAGGGAUGUAUCCUGUGUCUGCGGUGCUGUGUGAUGAUGAGGUGAUGUUGACGAUUAAACCAGGUGAGCACGGCUCCACCUACGGAGGAAACCCGCUGGCCUGCAGAGUCGCCAUCUCCGCCCUACAGGUCAUGGAGGAGGAGAAGCUGGCAGAGAACGCAGCAGAAAUGGGGAAGAUUUUGAGGGCGGAGCUUAACAAGCUUCCCAAAGAGAUUGUAACAAAGGUGCGAGGGAAAGGCCUCCUCAACGCCAUCGUCAUCAAGGAGACUAAAGAUUACAACGCCUGGCGAGUGUGCCUGCGUCUCCGCGACAACGGCCUAUUAGCCAAACCCACUCACGGUCACAUCAUCAGGCUGGCCCCGCCCCUCAUCAUCAAGGAAGACGAGAUCCGGGAGUGCGCUGAAAUCAUCCAGGGAACCGUCUUGUCCUUUUAAAAGGCUCUCGAUCAUCAGUAACACUUACACUUUAAUCUAAACCUCUCGACUCCACACGCACACACGACGAGUGUUUGAAAGGCUGUAUGUUUGUUAGAGAAGAGGUGAAAGCUAGGAGUGUCUAGGGAAGGCUUGUUUAUUUUAGGCUAAGCCUAGUUCUGGCCUCAGACUCUCUAAAUUACAAAUGAACGUGCUUAGUCUAGGACUAAUAUGAGAGAGAGAGAGAAAAUAAUUUUGUUUUAGUGAGCUUUAAAAUGUGCAUUUUAUAUAUAUAUAUAUAUAUGAAGAUUAAUUAGGAUAGCUUGGGAUAGCAGGAGUUUGAAGGGUUACAUUUGUGUGUGUGUGUGUGUGUGUGUGCGUGCGUGUUUUGCUCAGUUGUGAUAAAGUAGAUCAACAGUUUCACUAAAUUACAUAUUAUGUUUCAUAUUAUAACUAAUAUAUAAAACUAACAACUAACACAAGCUUCUAGCCGGCAGUUCAGCGUCCUAAACUAGCGCCUGUAAGCUCGUAUGACUUGACCUGUAUCUCCGGAACAAAAGAGGAAAACUUCGGAUGCUCAAACAUGUCAUUUCCCAUUGAACCGAACUGUACUGUAUUGAAAGACUAGGUUUAACUCAAGACAGGGUUCAGUUUAGUCUAAAACAAGCUCGUAUGGGUUUUGCCGAGAACUGCGUUAGAACCGUAUCCGUUUUCCGUAUACGUUUUACACAUACGUUUAUUUAACGCAUGCGCAUACCGUAUACGCUUUACGAACACAAAGCUGACGACGCUCUCCGUUAAAACGAAAACAGUUACCUGAACACACCUGUGUUAACACACCAGGUGCAAUGGCACCAUGUCACGUUCGUCAGCUGUAAAACAUUCCACACGUGGAGUACCGUUAUAUCUGUUAGGCGAGCUGGGAUCACAUCCAAACAUAACACACUCAACCCCGAAGAGAACAUAACGUUCCCGUGUUUAAAGUCUGAUCUGAAGUUUAGUUCAUCAGUUAUUCAGAAACGAAACUGCUUCGUCAUCAGUUAGCUUUGUACCUCCUUUAUAACGAGAUAAAGAAAUGGUUCGGAUCUACGCUACACUCUCUUUUACCCAAAAUGUAGCCGGUUAUCCAGCGAGGCUACCCUAGCUAGCGAUAGCUACCGUUUUAGCCACGUAGCUCCAGCACAGAGCUAAAAAACUCAACUUUGAACAGGAAGCAUGUCUUUACCGGUGAAGUAUUUUUGCGUCCUGGACGAAUACUUCUCGUAGCCAAUCAUCAGUGUGUGUCUAUGGCUCCUCCCCCUCCUCCUGAGCGAAAAGUCUCCUUAGGCAAGAAUUUCUUUGGACCUGUAUACAAAGGGCUUCAAACAUUUCUGAGCAGACUGCAGACUGGUGGGCGUGUCUUUGAAGCCAUUACGGACUUUAAAUGUUUUUGGAAUUCUUGAGUUCUGCCUAAAUGGCGGAGCCUUCGGAGUAUGCUCUGUAGUGGGCGGAGCCUUCAGUGUUCUCUCUGUGAAGGGCGGAGCCUUCAGUGUUCUGCAUGUAGAGGGCGUAGUCUUCGGAGUUCUCACUGUAGAGGGCGGAGCCUUCGGAGUUCUUACUGUGAAGGGUGGAGCCUUCGGAGUUCUCACUGUAGAGGGCGGAGCGUUCUGAGUUCUUACUGUGAAGGGUGGAGCCUUCGGAGUUCUCACUGUAGAGGGCGGAGCCUUCGGAGUUCUUACUGUGGAGGGUGGAGCCUUCAGAGUUCUAUGUCGUCGCUGGAGCCUUAGGAAAGAGUAAGGCUCAUGUGCUCAUGAUCGACUCCAAGACACGCCUAUAUUCCCAUUUAUGGUCUUAAAUGCACAUUCAGUUAGAGCAUUACUCAUUUGCAUAUUAUGGCCUCGUGACACGCCCACAUUUGAAAACGUGAACUACACCAUGGUCAUGUAGCUGAAGUGACGCAGCGCAGUAGCUUUACCGUGUCUAAAAUCAACUGAUGAAUUUGCAGGGAAUUUUGAAAUGACUCCGGAGUGGGCGGAGUCAGUCGCAGGCGCACACUGAUGACGCAAUGACAUAAACGUCACCUGUUCAACCCAAAGGUUUCAAAUCUUACGGUUAUAUUUAUCCCUGUGAUGAUUUUGAAGGACAGUAAGCUGAAAUCUUGUUACAGAAUUAACCCACAGUGAGGAUCCACUGAGAACUGAGCGCUAAUGCACUAUAAUUUAUACCUAUGAUAUGAUAUAUGUGACGUGGAUGAUAUUCUGGAGUGUGUGUGUGUGUGUGUGUGUGUGUGUGUGUAUUACUGAGUUAAAAGUAUCUACCAACUGAAUGCUGUUCCAACAUGAAUCUGAAGUGUUCACAGAAUAAAUAAAAACGGUAAAAAGUUUUCAAA